AUGGAAAACCACGAGAAUGGUUCAUGGUUCCAACAGAAAGAGCUGGAAGAUUCACUCAAGAACCACCUGAACAGCACAGAGGACUACCUGACCUUCCUCUGCGGACCCCGGCGCAGUCCCCUCUUCCUCCCCGUGACUGUGGUGUAUGCGCUGAUUUUUGCGGUCGGGGUCGUUGGUAAUCUCCUGGUAUGCGUGGUGAUUCUGCGGCACCAGGCUAUGAAGACACCCACCAACUACUACCUCUUCAGUCUGGCUGUCUCAGACCUCUUGGUCUUGCUCCUCGGAAUGCCCCUGGAGGUCUAUGAGAUGUGGCAUAACUACCCCUUCCUCUUUGGACCCGUGGGCUGCUACUUCAAGACUGCUCUCUUUGAGACAGUGUGCUUUGCUUCCAUCCUCAGUGUCACCACGGUCAGUGUGGAGCGCUAUGUGGCUAUUCUCCACCCGUUCCGGGCCAAGCUGGAGAGCACUCGGCGGCGGGCACUCAGGAUCCUGGCCGUGGUCUGGGGCUUCUCUGUCCUCUUCUCUGUGCCUAACACCAGCAUCCAUGGUAUCAAGUUCCAGUACUUCCCCAAUGGGUCCUUGGUCCCGGGCUCGGCCACCUGUACAGUCAUCAAGCCCUUGUGGAUAUACAACUUCAUCAUCCAGGUCACCUCCUUUCUCUUCUACAUCCUGCCCAUGACUGUCAUCAGCGUCCUGUACUACCUCAUGGGGCUCAGACUGAAAAAAGAUCAAUUCCUUGAGGCAGAUGAAAUGACUGCAAAUAUCCAGAGACCCGCCAGAAAAUCAGUUACCAACAUGCUGUUUAUAUUGGUCUUAGUGUUUGCUAUCUGUUGGACUCCAUUCCACAUUGAUCGGCUCUUCUUCAGCUUUGUAGAGGAAUGGACUGAAUCCCUCGCUGCUGUAUUCAAUCUCAUCCACGUGGUGUCAGGUGUGUUCUUCUACCUGAGCUCAGCUGUCAACCCCAUUAUUUAUAACCUCCUGUCUCACCGCUUCCGGGCAGCCUUCAGGAAUGUGAUCUCUCCUUCAUGCAAACACUGCCACUACCAGGAUCCCCCACAGGAUCCCCCUGCACAGCGAAACACCUUGUUGACAGAGUGCCACCUUAUGGAGCUGAUUGAAGAUUCAGUUCCGCAGUUCCCUUGUCAGUCCUCCUUCUUCAGCGCCCAGCUCUCCACAGCCUUCUGA